AUGGAGCCGUACGCGUGCCCACGCUCACUUCCUGUUCGGAGCGGGCGGCGGGCGAGCUGUGCCCGCUUCUGUAGAGUGUUUGAGUUCGACUGGCCGUCCGUUGGAGGUUGUGGGUUUGACUCCUGGAGAAAGAAUCCGGAGUUCUCGGGAGCAGCGGUUCUACACGAGGCCCGCAGGGAGCAGGUGGCAGAGACGUGCAGACUCCACAGCGCCUCCAGCAGGAAGAGGAGAGUGCUGACCCCGGGGGACCUCAAACAUCUGGUGGUGGACGAGGAGCACGAGCUGAUCUACUGCUACGUCCCCAAAGUGGCCUGCACCAACUGGAAACGCGUCAUGAUGGUUCUGACGGGGCAGGGCAAAUACAGUGACCCGAUGGAGAUACCGUCAAACGAAGCUCACGUUCCGUCCAAUCUGAAGACUUUAAACCAGUACAGCAUCGCCGACAUCAACCACCGCCUCAAGACCUACCUCAAGUUCCUCUUCGUCCGAGAACCUUUUGAACGCCUGGUCUCCGCCUACCGCAACAAAUUCACCCUCAAGUACAACUCCUCCUUCCACAAACGCUUCGGAACCCGGAUCGUACGGCGCUAUCGCAAAAACGCCACCGUGGAAGCUCUGACCACCGGCGACGAUGUCAAGUUCAGGGAGUUCGCCGAGUAUCUGGUGGAUCCCGCCACGCAGCGAGACGGCCCCCUGAACGAGCACUGGCAGACGGUGUACCAGCUGUGCCACCCCUGCCACAUCCACUACGAUCUGGUGGGAAAGUACGAAACCUUGGAGGAAGACGCUAACUACAUCCUGCGGUUAAUCGGAAUGGGGAACGCGCUGAGAUUCCCGAGCUACGCUAAGUCGACUCGCACGACGGACGCGAUGACGGCGCAGUUUUUUAGCAAUAUUAGCAGCCAACAGCAAGUGCAGCUUUACCAACUUUACAAACUGGACUUUUUAAUGUUUAACUACACCACGCCCAGUUAUCUCAAGAUCGACUAG